AUGAGUACAUUACAACUCGAGGCGAAUUCUUCGGUCAAUGAUUAUUCUGCACUUCCGGAAGACAAUCAACAUCAUCUGGAUGACUUAGAACAUGCUGAGGCUGUCGAUUCGAUGGAACCCGAUUCUCUGGAAGUCUCUACUCCAUCACCCGAGACGGCUCAGACUCAGAAGCUAUGCCAUUAUUGCGAACCAAUGUUUUCUACAUUUGAGAACUUGCAACUCCUCGUCUCCAAAGAAGGCUAUAAGCACAACACUUUAAGAGGGGUUAAAGACGCAGCGUAUCGCGGAUGCGGGUUAUGCAAACUUAUCACAGAAACAAUUUGUGAUUCAUUCGUAAUUGGAAAUUCGUGCGUGACGUUGCACGCUCUGCUCACUGAGAAAAGGAUCGAAGAUAGACUGCCCCUUUCCAAGAGGAUCUCGAUGUUUAUUAAAGAAUGCUUACUUCCGAGACUCAAGGGAUCUGCUAGAUUAACUAAAUAUCCGUAUCAUGGACGCAAAAUUGUUGAACUUGGAGUCAAAACCUCCGGAUCUCUAUCCGGCUGGUUUUGUAUUUUGGCUGACGAAGCGAGUCCGGCGGGUGUGUAUAUUGAGCGGGAACCUCUUAUAGCCAUGGAUAAUUUCAAAAGGACCAUUCCCAAAAUAAAAGAAUGGUUAGAUGACUGCUGUCACCGUCACACAAGAACUUGUCGAUACUCUACUCCAAAAUUACCCACGAGAGUGCUUAAAAUAGGAUCUAAAAGCACAAGUCUUGUUUACCUAUAUGUGAGUAGACCCGAUCAAAAAGACGACUAUAUUGCUUUGAGCUACUGUUGGGGAGGACCUCAGAGCUUCACAACAACCAAUUCUACUCUGGAACAAAACAUGCGUGGCAUUGAUAUUGAUAAUCUGCCUUUGACCUUCAAAGACACGAUUCUCAUGGCGAGGAAACUUGGAAUACGAUACAUUUGGAUUGAUGCACUGUGCAUCAUUCAAGAUAGUGAUCUUGAUAAAGCCAGAGAGAUUGGGGCAAUGGGAGACAUUUUUAAGAAUGCCACGGUGACAAUAUCUGCGGCAAGCGCAACUUCAGUAGACGGGGGAUUAUUUAAUCAAAAACCCUCUCCAGAGUUACUAGAGAUUCCAUUCUGCUUGCCCGACAAAUCUUUGUCGAAGGUAUAUAUUUCUGAAUCAAAAGGCCUCGGCGAGUGGCCUCAAGAACCUAUAGAUCGCAGAGCUUGGUGUUUCCAAGAAUCAAUGCUAUCGCCCAGACUGCUUUCGUUUCGAUCUACAGAGCUGCUAUGGCAUUGCCAGUCUUUGAGAUACGAGCCCGUGGUGAAAAGUUAUUAUUUACACAUGUGGACAAAGGUUAAGAUGCCUGCAAAUAUCUUUGGACGCGACGUAGCAGUAUAUUUACCAGGCGCACUUCAUCGCAGUGAAAUUUGGAACUGUAUUGUUGAAAACUUCACGGGGCGUGAUCUUACGAACCCUGAAGAUCGCUUGCCUGCCAUAUCUGGUAUUGCAAAAGAACUCGCUUUGGCGUGGAACGACAAGCAUGUUUUUGGUGUAAUGAGAAGCACAAUCGAACACCAUCUGUCUUGGGACACAGAAAGAUGGCGGACCUUUCCACGUAAAGGUCAUAGCAAUGUGAGAAACGGAGGCGCUCCUUCAUGGUCCUGGGUCUCAGUUGAUUGUCCGGUUCACUUUCGAGAAUUUGGUUUGCAAAAUUAUGUCAAAAUCAAAUGUCUUGAGAUUGACAACACACUAGCGUGCGGUAAAAUCGUUCUCAAAGCCAAAGCUCUGUCUUUGAAAGUCCAGCUGAUGAAUAGUGCGCAAGAAAAAACCUUCCAACAGUUUUACGAUGUCCCUGAAGAUCUCAAGGCCGAAGCAUGCACACUCAUGCUACUGGGAGAAUGGCCGGAUUCCGAUUCUUAUGGAUUCAAUCAGUCGUUUUUGAUUUUAAAAAGAUUGGACAACGGAUACUAUCAGCGUGUUGGUGGUCUAUUUCCCUCCAAAUAUGUGUACGGGGACGGGGUCGAAUUCGCUUUGCACGAUUGGAUGCCAGCUAAAAGUCUUAGAAAUUCAUUCGAUGCUAUUGAGAUGUCUCGAAUAACUAUUGUUUAG